GUGCGUUCACGUGAGGCAGUAGACAAGAGCAGAGGUUGGCUGGAUGAGAGGUAUCACCUAUUUACUCGACCACGCGCAGCUUCAUAAAUAGCCGGAGCAAGAAGAUGUGAGUCUGGAGAGGAGGUCUGUUGCACGACAACGAAGUGCUCCCAUCUGCGUGUAUCACUACGCUACCUCUGACUGAGAGAUGAACAUUUCCUCAGUGUGAUAGAACUCACUGGCUCCACCUGUGAUAUGAUGAAUGUCAGAAUUGGAAUAACCUACACCUGUGUGCACCUGUAGACAGACUUACCUGGAUAUACGGGAGACAGAUUUACCUGGUUUAGUCCACGAUUGGAUUAUAUGUAAAUGUAAUGUUGGGAGAUUGUAUUCUAAGUAUUAUAUUCAGAUCAUAACAGUUUUGUUUUAUUAACAUCAUCAAUAGUUGUGAUGAGUUUAAUCCACAGCGAUUAACGGUGUCACCUGUGUGACCAGUGUGAAGGCAACCCCACAACUUAUGUCAAGACUCUCCAUGUGACGCGGGCCGUGAGUACAGCGAGCUACAUAUACAAGACUGUCUGACCACAGGAUGAGUGCGUCCAGCGGGAUGUCCGAGCCGACCACGGUGAGCACCGGCCCCACCCUCAGGCCCUACCUGAGGAGGAAGAAGUCAUCCCUGGGGGAGACCAAGGUGGCAGUCCUGGGCAUGGAGGGGGUCGGGAAGAGCGCUCUGUCCGUGAGGUUCCUGACAAAACGCUUUAUCGGGGAGUACGACCAGUCUAUGGAGACCAAGUACAAGUGCACCACAAGCAUAGAGGGGGAAUCUAUAGCAUUUGAAUUGCUGGACACUCGAUCAUUUAACGAUGACCACGGCGCGAGAGAGGAGGUACUACGUUGGGCGGAUGGAUUUAUGUUGGUGUACUCCGUGACCAGCCGGAAGAGCUAUGAUAUACUACAGGAUGUGCGGAAGAAGAUAGAAGAAGCCAAGAAAGCCGCUCACGCCCCUGUCAUCGUUGUCGGGAACAAAGCUGACCUUGCUCACGUGCGCCAGGUCACACAAGAUGAAGGACAGAAGCUUGCCGCCGAGUUCAGCUGUGCCUUCCUGGAGGUGUCAGCAUCCGAAGACGUCCUCAAGGUCAUCGAAGCCUUCCAUACCCUGUGUAAGGAGAUCAUCGAGUUCAAGCGGCGGUCCAGGACAUUCUUAGACAGAGUGUUUGGCCUCAAGAAAUCAUGACGUCACCAAUGUGUGUAGAAACAUCAUUCCAUUAGCGGCUACGUCGUGACGACCAGAUGCCGGGCACGUGCAAUUAGCGGAAUAUGUGACAUCGUGGGUACUGUGUACAACAUAAUCUGUCCUAGGGUCUAUAGUGUGUCGGUUUUACAACCUUACCAAUAUCCCAGUCUUGACUUUAGAUUUGGAGUCAUAAACAGAUAGUCGUGUCCGAAACCGUCCAUGUUUGCUACCACCAAUGAUCCAGUAUGCGGACUUGGCAAGGUCAGUUGUGCACCACUGACCACCAACAGAUAUACUGUAAUCACAGAGACCGCCUACAGAUACAGUGUAUAACAUGCAGACCGCCUACAGAUACAGUGUAUAACAUGCAGACCGCCUACAGAUACAGUGUAUAACAUGCAGACCGCCUACAGAUACAGAGUAUCACAUGCAGACCGCCUACAGAUACAGUGUAUAACAUGCAGACCGCCUACAGAUACAGUGUAUCACAUGCAGACCGCCUACAGAUACAGUGUAUAACAUGCAGACCGCCUACAGAUACAGUGUAUAACAUGCAGACCGCCUACAGAUACAGUGUAUCACAUGCAGACCGCCUACAGAUACAGUGUAUCACAUGCAGACCGCAUACAGAUACAGUGUAUCACAUGCAGACCGCCUACAGAUACAGUGUAUAACAUGCAGUCUACCAACAGGUACGAUGGUGUAUAUCCAUGAACACAUCUUCCCGAGGCAAGGGAGUUAACUGUCCAGUUUCAACCUUGCCGAACGCAAUUUUCAUUGGACUAUUCAUAGACUCGUUAGUCCAGCCUUAAUAUAACUGUAAAACCCACCAAGUUGGACAAGGCUGGAAACACGACUCACUCGCCUCUCUAAGAUGCCAUGUACGGUCCACCAACAUACGAUGGAAGGCCCACCGACAGCUAGGGUGUAUCUCCAUGUACAGUCUACAUAAGGAACAAUAUUUACUGGGUGGGUGAACCCACAAUCAAAUGGAUUAUUUGUUCCACCGCAAUCGACGCUACUUUUUGUUGUGGUAACUUUAUAACGUGAAUACACGUUCCCCCGGAAAUAUUUCACAUCACAAGGUCCGAGAAAGCACAAAAACCUCGAGUGACUAAAUAUACUACUCAAAAGAAGUUAAAGAACAACCACAGUUGGAAGGCUGCGUGUUGCAACACCCACCAGCCGUGGCAGAUUAACUAUAGUCAUGAAAAAUAAGGGUGUUCUUUAACUUCCGUUCAGCAGUAUAUAUGUAGUGCAUGCAGCUUACUGGUAGUUCAUGACAGGUCGUUGCAGUUGGCCACACAUUAUAACAUGGAUAUGUACUCGUGAUAAAUAACGAGUUUGUUAUUUUGAGACAAAUCUCCGCCAGAUGGGCCACAAUGGUGGGGGAACAACUGAUGUAGGUGCGGUCAAUCACCGUGCAACACAGACAUCGUGCGAUGGAAUGUGUGUGUGUGUGUGUGUGUGUACACGGUAUUGUACAACUCGCUGGGUGGUCUGCGGUCCACAGUCGUUUGCCUCGUGUGUCAGGUUUUCACAGCGUAUGUACGAUCAUGCUAUAACUGUCCUCACAGUUCGGGUGGACGGCCAUGUCUAAGUAUUACUAGCGUGGGUGGACGUCCAUUUUUCAAGGAGUUCAAGCGUGGGUGGACGGCCAUGUCCAAGGAUAACUAGCGUGGGUGGACGGCCAUGUCCAAGGAUUACCAGCCUGGGUGGACGGCCAUGUUCAAGGAUUACUGGCGUGGGUGGACGGUAAUAUUUCUAGGAGUACUAGCGUGGGUGGACGGCCAUGUCCAAGGAUUACUAGCGUGAGUGGACGGCCAUGUCCAAAGAGUACUAGCGUGGGUGGACGGCCAUGUCCAAGGAUUACUAGCCUGGGUGGACGGCCAUGUCCAAGGAUUACUAGCCUGGGUGGACGGCCAUGUCCAAGGAUUACUGUUUCAAGAUGAUUGAAAACCAUAUUCAGUUCUCACCUCCUUGUCUUAGGACUGUAUUCGGUCCUGAAUAACUGUGUACUGUCUUCUAAACACAAGCAUUGUUAGUGGGUUUGAUUCUGUGUAUUGAAAGUGCCAUGUGAAGUUUAAUCAUGUUUAAUGAAGUUCAGUUAUGUUUAAUGAGUUCUUAUCCACACAUUAUGAAGGACCUUUUGCAAAAGAGUGACUUCCGAAUAUAGCCCCUGGAUAACGCCAGUCCCUGCUGUGGAGUGUAACAAUGAAUAUAUAUACAACUUCUCCUUCCCAUCCUCGAUUGUCAAGUGUAUAAUAUCUCCAAAACUAUUACGACACAAACCCUGGACCCAUUCGCCACCAUAAAUAUAACAUACCUCUUCUGAACACGUGUUCAUCAUACGAACGAACCCACGAUGUAUUUAAUAAACAUGUAUACACUUGAAAAUUGGAUUUUCCCCAAAUCAAAAGGCAUCAAAACGUUACUAGGCUGAAAACAGUUGGCGAAACAUUGCAAACAAACCUAAGGUCCAAAACACAACUUUGAUACACGUAUUAAAUACAUCGCCAUCGAAAAACCAUUUCUUGUUAGUUUCAAGAGCCUAAAAGCCGUCAAAUAUGUCUUUUGCCCAGCAGUUUUCAUUGAUGAGACGUCCAAUUUUAGCACAGUGUCGACUAUAGGUAUGGCGGCGAUGGGCCAAGGGUGUUUAUUAGAACUGAUAUAUGGUACACUGGAUCAUCGAGGAAGGCUCGUCCCCGGAUCCUGUGUUAUAAGGGGACAGUCGGUGUGAAGUUUGUGACGGGCAACUGUGUCAAAGAAACAAAGAGUUUUAAAGAAAGGACUGGACUAGUUUACUAGUACUUGUUUCAUUAAACACUUGAACACA